UUCGGACAAAUGUUUAGUUUUAAAAAUGUAAUGAAAUCUAAAAAAAUAUUAAUGUGAACUAAUUUGAAAGCACUUAUAAAUUUAAUGAGUAAAUAACACUUUUGUAAAUCCCGCGAGGUUUAUCUGCAAUUCAUCGGUUAUUGACACAUUACCAAUAUGGCGCUUAAGUGUAAAAGACGUGCUUUUAUGGUAUAUAUUGUAAUCUGAUUCUCAUACAAUUAAACAAUUCUGGGUAAGAUAUGCAUUUUUUUUAAAAAAACUGAUAUAUAUAUAUUUAUAUAUAUAUAUAUUUACAUAUCGUUAUUUAUAUAUUAAAGAACGUAUCCGUCUUUGCUGUAUUUUGGGUUGAGAAAAACAUUCCUCAAACCUUAAAUCAUGACUUGAAUUUAAGGAAGAAUUUUUUUAUUAUAAUAUGAAAGAUGCAAACUUAAGAGAUUAAAUUUGUAACUGAUACCAAAUAACAAAAAAAUGCCAAGUUUACGCAAGAAGGUAGCUGGCUUUAUGCGCCAACUAUCUAUUAGUAAUUUGGCUGGUGCUGUUGAAAAUAUGGGGCUAGGAGAACAACCUCUUCGUAGUCCAAGAUCAGUAACACAGGAUUUUCCAAGCGAAUGUUUCAUUACGCGGUAUCUUAAUGGAUUAGAAACAAAACAAGAAGGUCCACCGAUUUUGCAUGGUAGAAAUCCAGAGGAAUUACCUAUUAAACAACUUGGAAAUUAUCAAGAUGAUAAAGAAGUGUUUGCUGCUUUAACAGGCCCAGAUAGUGGACUUACAGCAGUUAAUCUUCAAGAAAGACAUCUAAGUAUGAAUGAUAUUGAUAUUGAUUAUAUUGACAUGUUGGAUCAAAGUGAGCAAUAUAGAACAGGAUCAAAUUCAUCUUCCAUUGUAAUUGCUGGAGUUCCAAAUUGGUUUCUUCCUCAUGAAAUGGCUUAUGGUAUUGCUACAACAUUAUAUGAAAAAAAUCCUAUAAAUAAUAUUAACAAUGGAGAACCAAUUGCUGACUGCUUUGGUAUUUCUGCAAGACAAAAUUCUGCAAUAUUGGCUCUGGCUGAUGGUGUCAAUUGGGGUACAAAGGCAAGCAUUGCAGCAAGAUCUGCGGUGCAUGGAAGCAUGGAAUACCUGAAUAAAGCUCUUUUUUCACCUUCGAUAAAUAGUGCUAUAACUACGACAAAAGAUGUUUUUGUAGCCCUCUUACGUUCGUUCCAUGCAGCACAUUCGUUAAUACUUCAGGAACAAGGCAUGCUCACAACAUUGACUGUAUGUGCUGUUCUACCCUUAGAGAGCACAACCACUAAUUCCAGUAUUCACCAUAAAAAAUUUGUGGCUUGUACAUGCAAUGUUGGUGAUAGUUUAGCAUACGUAUACUCAAGAAAAACUGGUGUCAGAGAAAUAACACGAGGAUCUCACGAUAUUCAUUGUAUGCGUGAUAUGCGUGAUGCAUUAGGAGCUUUAGGACCUGUCGAUGGAUCUAAUCCAGAAUUAAAUAAUUUAACGCUCGCUAUAACGGAAGUUGAACUUGGCGAUGUCGUAUUCUUAACCAGUGAUGGUAUAUCAGAUAAUUUUGAUCCAGUAGUUGGAAAAUUUGCAGUUCUACCAAAUCAUAAUGCUGCUUCUGAUGUAACAAUAUCAAUGAAAAGUAACAAUGAUGUAAGAACAAAAACAAGAAGAAAAUCAGCAGAAAAUUUACGACAUACAGAGUCUGGUAAUAGCAACGGAAAUAGUAAUAGUUUACCUGUAGUAGAAGCAUAUCAAAGACACGAGCUUACGCUCCUCAGAAUGGAAGAUUUAUUGAGAAGAGGAGUUUCUGGUGAAGGACCACCAUGUAAUAGUGCCAAACAUCUUUGUGAACUUCUCCUAGAUUUUGCAGUACGUAUUACAGCUGCCAAACGAAGAAUAUUAGAAGAUACAGAUUUAUAUUAUGCACAACACAAAGAUGGUCAAUUAGUGCAAUUGUCCAAGCAAGAACAACGAAAUAGACGGAAAAAGACACUAGAUAAAAUAACUAUGAUUCCAGGGAAGUUAGAUCACGCAACGGUCGUGGCAUAUGUAGUUGGAGCAUAUAAUUCAUCAGAAUGUAAUCUAUAAUCAUUUCGAAUAUUAGACAUUAUUUUUUAUUUAACAAAAAAAAAAAAAGAUAAGCUUUUACAAAAUGUCAAUAUUUCUGUGUCAUAUAAUUUGACAAAAUGUGAAAUUGAAUAUCAGAAUAUAUGGAAAAGAAUUUUGUUAAAUAUUUUAAUAUUCAUGAAAAAAACUCUGAUAUUUAUUAUAAUAAAAUUUCAUCAACAGAAAUAUCUAAUAUUUUGUUUACGAAAUUAUAAGAAAUACAUUUAUAUAAUUUGUUUUACUCAAACAUUAAAUGCUCCAUUUUUUUUUUUUUUAUUAUAAUUGAAUACAGUAAGAAAGAGUAAAGUAUUAUUUUAAAUAUUACAUGACAAAGUUCUUACAACAAAAAUGUAAAUGUACGUUGUAAGAAAAUUAACGAAUCUUUAUAAUUAAUCUCCAGUAUACAAAUAAAUAUGAGGAAAAAAAAGAAGAAAAAAAAAAUAAGAACACAAUGUAUAAAAGUGAUCUUUACUAGUUAAACACCCGUCCGCGUGAUAAUUUAUAAAUAAUAAUAAUAAUAUAUUGAAUCUUAAUUUUAUAUAUUUCACAAGCAUUUAACGCGUGUGCGAAUAGACGUAGGAUAUAAGUAAUAUUUAUAUUUAUAAUCUCAUAAGAAAUAUUAUUAUAUGUUAUUUAUUUAAUAUAAUUGAGAUCAUUGUAGAAAACUGACCAUUUUACGAAUGACAAUAUAAAAUUUCUUUUUAAAUGAAA